UCUAGCCCCUUGGCUCAAGAAUCACCCACUUUCAAAAUUUCAAACAACUACAACCGACGACCGCUGUCCUCACUCUCCCCCUACUAAGCUCUCUGCUGCGAUCCCAGACUAUUUCCAGAAGAAAACGCACUCCGAUAUCAUUUCGCCCAGCAGCAUCUGCCGUCUAACGACGGCCGGAUCGAGAUGGCCCCUUCCAAGACCGUCCGUACGAUCUCACAGGAAGCGUUCGAAGGACUGGUGAGAGAAAACAUGGAAGAUCUGGGCAUGGAUCCUUCCGAAGCCCUCGAAGAUGCCAUACAAACCCUAACCCUGCAAGGAGUCGACCUCUCAGGUAUUGUUACAUGUGUUCCUGGAGUUACUAGCAUCAAAGAUUAUCCUGUUAUUCAGUCGUUGGACGGAUUGAAAGGCAUAGCAGCCAACUUGGUGAGUUUGAGUUCGCAGGACAAUGAUAAACCAUCAGCAACAAAACCCAGUAACCAAAAGGUCGAGGAGCUCAAUACGAUUGUAGAUCUUGAACAGAUGAUCGAGCUACUCGACAAGCUUUAUGCUUUAUGUUCAAUUGAAGGAUCAAGUGAUGCAUCUAUCGCGACAAGGAAUGGAGGAGUUGAGCUGGUUACCUCCAUAUGUGCUGCACUUCAGGCCAGACAUGAGCGACCUCUUGUUUCAGCGUUGAAGGCAUUGAGUACUUUUAUCCAUGAUCUUCAGAGUACAGAAACAUUUAGGCAAAGCGGUGGACCUAAGAUUGUUGUGGAUAUCCUAAACAACUAUAGAGAAAACAAAGACAUCUUGGAUAGCGGUUUUUCUGUUGUUGCUGCAGCUGCAACUGGUAAUGAGAUCCUCAAGGAAAUUUUCAUGGACUUAAAAAUUGAUGAGCUUUUAGUCCAAAUUAUGAGGGAACAGACAAAAGGCAACAUCCAUAGUUUAUAUGAUGCUCUACGAGUCCUGUUAACACCUGAUGAUAACCGUGUUUUGGCUUCUCAGGUUUUUGGAUAUGCUCGAAGAUUUGCCAAAAUUGGCAUUGCAGGCAUCGUUGUAGAUGCUCUUCGUGAAGGAGUCAAUUCACCUUGUUUAGCUUCAGCAAGCAUUGCAUUGAAGGCUGUUGCUGUUAAUGAUGAAAUAUGCAAAUCUAUUGCCGAAUGCGGUGGCAUUGAUGUGGUUCUCCAGUGUAUUGAUGACAGUGGUGCACAAAAUAACAAAGCUGUUGCUAGUGCCUGCUGCUCUUUGUUGUCUAAGUUGGCAGGAAGUGAUGCUAACAAGAGUGCUAUCGUUCAGAAGGGAGGACUCGAUAGACUAAUCAAACUUUCAUCUAUAUUUUCUGAAGACCCAUCUGUGUUACAAGAGAUUAUGUCUAUCAUCUGGAUCCUUUCACUAAGAUCCCCAGAGAGUGCAGCCCGCGCAAUGGAAGCAGGGGCUGGGGACUUUGCAAUCCAAGCGAUGCAGAAGUUUCCUGCUGCGUCCCAAAUGCAAAAACAAUCGUGUCUCAUGAUCCGGAAUCUUGUUGUCAGGAACUCAGAGAACAGAACUAUUUUGCUUGGUAAUGGUAUUGAGAAGAUCAUAAGGAAGGCCAAGCAAAACCAUGAUAACUGCAAGGAUGCUGCUGCUGCUGCAUUGAGGGAUCUAGGGCUCGACGACUAUAACUCAUAGCCAUGGCUUUUACCAUUUCCUUUCUGGUAUGGUUCUUGUUUUUUCUCUAUGCUGUUCUGGAAGGUUGCUUUGGUUGAAAAAUUGAAACAAUUCACCUUGAGUUCUUUACUGAGUAUGAUUCUUGCAUGGAAACAAUUCACCUUGAGUUCUUUACAUUGAAAUGGGAAAAUUAAUUCAGGAAAUUUGUUGAUAUUACCAAACAGAAACAAAUUUGUUUCAUCAUAUUUUAUGAGAUUUGG